AUGGCCACCUACCAAGUCCACCACCUCAACAUAGGAGAGAAUUACACUCGGCCAUGGAUCUUCUUCAACCCUCAUGCUCAAACCUGGAACCGGCCCCCGGAAAGAACAGACCCUUCUAUCGAACUCUUCCACCGAUCCCUCCCAUCCUACAACGAAACACCCCUCCACACCCUCCCCUCCCUCGCCUCAACCCUCCACCUCCCCCAUCUCUUCCUCAAAGACGAAUCCAGCCGCUUCGGCCUCCCCGCCUUCAAAAUCCUCGGAGCAAGCUAUGCCGUCCACCGCACCCUCUGUGCACACUUUAACCUCCCGCCCACAGCCCCGUUCGGGGACCUGAAACAAGCCAUCUCCGGCUCCCGCGAGCAAGGACCAAAGCUCGUGACAUGUUCCGAAGGCAACUGGGGAAGGGCUGUCGCGAGGAUGGCCAGGGUUUUGAAUGUACCCGUGAGCAUAUACGUUCCGUGGUUCAUGGAGGAAAAUACGCGGGAUCUGAUUCGGGGGGAAGGGGCGGAGAUUGUGGUUCUGGGGAGGGAAAGGGGGAGUUAUGAUGAUUCUAUUGCUGCUGUGAGAGAUGAUGCGGAGAGGACGGGCGCGUUGAUGGUGAUGGAUGUGGCGUGGGAAGGGUAUGAAGAGAUUCCUCGUGUGAGCUACCCCUAUUUCAACACUACUGUCUGACCAGCCGUUACAAUUCUCUAUGGCAAAUACUGUACCCUUCCUAACACUCGCACAGUGGGUAACAUCCGGCUACACAACCAUGCUAACCGAAACCGACCGACAAAUCCCCUCCCUAAUCAACAACAACAACAACAACAACAACAACAACAACAACACCGUAAUAAAAAAACCAAACACCUUUUUCAUCUCCGUCGGCGUCGGCUCCUGGGCGCAUUCCGUCGUGGCACACUACAAAUCCCUCGAUCCCUCAAACCGCAUCAUAGCCGUGGAGCCCCAGUGUGCCGCUUCGUUGAAGGAAUCGCUUCACUGCGAUGCAAUCACUCCCAUCGAGACGGGGGAGACGGUCAUGGCAGGCAUGAACUGCGGCACCACGUCAACUCUCGCGUGGCCGGUACUGCGGGAGGGCAUCCACGCGGCUAUAACAGUAACAGAUUGCGAAGCCCAUCAGGCUGUAGAGGAGCUACGAGCGCAAGGCGUCAACGCCGGUCCGUGUGGUGCAGCGACGUUGGCCGCCGUGAAGAAGUAUCGAGAGCAAGUGAGCGAAGACGAAUGGAACAAAAUGGUGGUGGUGUUGUUCAGCACAGAAGGUGCAAGGGAAUAUGAAGUUCCCGUAAGCGUCCAGUACCAAGAGAAAUUUGGCUGA